GAAAAAGAGAUAUAAUGAUAACAGCCAUCUUUUUUGUCAGUGUACCAGCAACAAAGAAGUCUGGUCGUUAUCUGUGAUUGGCUCAACUAUUGAUUCCGUUGCAGGGACAUCUUGCACAACCGUACACACGCAAAAAUUCGCGGCGCCAGGACAAAUCUCGCGAAAUGUCCCUCAAAUUCUUGUUGCUCUAUUUACAAGUAUACCUGAACACAAGGAGACUCGUCCCCGCAACAUGGCCCUGAGAAAUAUCUAAUAUAAUCAACACUUUCUUGUGACUGCAAACAUUAUUAUGAUUUAGUCCCUGUCACAUCACGCAACUCGUCCCUUUUGUCACUGCUACAUGUCACGUACACUGCAACAGGACAUCUCGUACCUACGCUUGUCUUCCAACCCUACAAUCGACUCCGAUGUCGUUGUUCAGGAACACGUCUGUAACAUUGAAAUGAACAAGAGGAGAGUCGGAAAACGACAAAAGGUGUCUCUUAUCGCUCCUGGUCGGUUUAGUUUUCUUUAUCGCUACUCACACAAUUAAGAACAACGAAUUUAUCUUUUAAAUGAGUUGUAAUUUCACAGGGUUUUAAAAUAUUGCUAAAUAUUGUUUUUUCUUGUGUAUAAUACGUUUCGGUCUUAGGAUGUGUGUUCGGAUUUCAUUCGGGUGUUUGUUCGUGCUAAUAAUUAUUGAAUCAAUAAACGGACUAAUUAAAACUGACUGUUCACCUGGCUGAGGUUUUGGAUAUGUUAAGCCUGGAAAGCUAACAAAUGAGUCGGCAAAUCACACGGUCGGACAGGCUUAACUAUGAUUGGCACAUUCCUGCAAUUUGCUUGCGUAUGAAUAGUUAACUCAGUUUGACAAGUGAAUCACUAAAAUUGACAAAGUCCAGUGGCUUCUGAGGCAUUUAAACUGGAAGCAUUUUUGGAAAAAGCAGAAAAAUUGGGCGAGGAUACGUAAAACCCUUUGAAGAACCAUGCGGGCCAUAUUGCUGUGGUCUUUUCCAAUCCUGGCAUUUGUUAUGACCGUCGCAAGUGAUGCUGUCCUUAAAGCAAAGAAACUUGAUGCCCAGUCCUCACGUGCUUUGAUAGACCGUGAUAAACGUACUGGGGCUGAACUUCUAGCCAUUCCUCUGGCUUUUAUCGCGGUGACGUCAACCAUAGCAGCUGUGUUUAGUGUGGCUAACUUUGUGUACAGUGUGGUGCAGGGACACAAACAGAUGAAGGAGUUAAAGGAGAUAAAAAAUAAGUUGGACGAAGUAGAGGGCCUAAUUAAUCGUCGUUUCGCGGAGAUAUCUAAAGAACUCGAGGAAAUUAAGCUAAUCACAGUCUACGCAGACUCAAUACAACGCUUGAAGUUUUUCCUGCACCAACAGCAAAUAGACAUCAAAUACAACAGCAGCGGAGCAUUGAUAAACUCCGAAGAAGCCAGAAAAUGGGCGGAAGCUGUUCUGUCGUACAGCAACGACGGCAUGCGCCAAGUACUCCUUGAUGUCGAUCACAUGAUCUUAGGUAAAAGUCACGUGUUUCAGGUAAAGUCCUCCGUACUUCUAUUGCGUGAGAAGCUGCGUGGCAAGUCUGGUGCUAUGUGUCAAGAGCUUAAGAGGUACUUGGCUUACUUACUUUGUUUGCAGACCAGCGGCCACGCAGCAAAAGCGAUUGCGCACUUAGUCCUUGGGCACGAGCCAGCUAAAGCUGAACAAACGCUAAAGCUUCUUGAGAAAAGGCUUGAAGAACAGUCAGUAUUCUUAGAAUAUCAUGGGGUUUUGCCGUUUUAUAUUGACGGCGCCAUGACAUGGCAUGACGGGCGAACGUACUUCUUUAAGGGGACCAAUUACUGGCGGUACAACGAUGCAGAGGGAAAAUGCGAUUCUGGGUAUCCUAAACCCAUUAAGGAAGGUUGGGGUGGGAUGCAGGGGCCUAUUGAUGCUGUUUUCCUGGGGAAUAUUAAGAAGUCCUACGCCACGUACUUUUUUAAGGGAAGCAGUUAUUACCAGUACCGCAAAGAACACGGUCAAGUAUCUAACCCUCAGCCAAUAGAGAACUGGGGAGGACUAGAUGGGCCCGUAGACGGGGUUUUCACUUGGCGAAAUGGUGCGACGUAUGCUUUUGCAGGAGAUGUUUACUACCGCCUGGAAUCAGGAACCUUCACCGGCCCUUUCCCAAUCUCUAAGUGGGGAGGUCUAACUGGACCUGUAAAUACUGUGUUUCGCUAUAAAAAGGAUGACUCUACGUAUUUCUUUAAAGAAUGGAAAUAUUACAAGUUUGAAGACAAGGGGGACAAAAGGUUGUCGGUUUCAGGGCCUUGGGAGUUAGACCACAAGUGGCGGGGGAUCUGUUAGAUUUUAACUUGUUAUGCCCUUAGUUAACUUCUAGACAGAUAAUUAAUAGUGAUCUGAUUUGUUGAUUACUUUAGACAUAGGUCUUGCAACCAGAAAAAAGCAACAAGUAUAGGCAAAAGACAAAGAAAUAUAAACACUUUGUUGAGACUGAAAAACUUUGGCUAUGUCCACAUGUGUAUGUUAACACAUAUUUUGCUCUUACGUAACAUUCGCGUACAUCUUCCUAGGUAGGAAACCUUUCCUCCACGCGUAAACAACAAAAACGAUCUUUUUGACCUUUUUCAUAAAUUCUUUCUUUAGAAUGGCCCAUCGAAUCAAUUCGUUAACAGACAGUGUAAAGGCAUGCCCACUGCAGGUUUUUGAGGUCCGUUUCUCACCAGGCGUCCUCGUUUGAUAGAUAUUUAAGCAUUCAAAAUUCCUUUGUACAGACAAAGUCAAUCCCAAUAAGCGGGAUUAAACGUGUGAACCAAAAAAAAAUGUAUGCGUUCAACUUAAUGUAUAUGUGUGGACAUAACCUUCGUUACUCGGAGUAGCGCACAUCCAGAUAUACCAUCUGGUAUCACGAGCGAAACUGUUAGUUCUGACACAUUUGUUAUGUUUUCUUUCUGAUUAGUUUACUUGUAUUUUACUUGUGAUUGUUGUUACUGUACUGUAGCUGUAAUAAUUUAGCAUGACAUCAGAUUUCUUACGCACGUUAACUUGCACUCAAAGUAGGAACUCUUUAGUCCUUAGUCAUUUUAAUUGAAAUAUUCUUUUAGCUGCUGCUUGUUGUUUGUAGUGUAGAAGUAAAUAAACAUUUGAAUGCA